UUCUUUGAUUUUUGCUGUGCGAAACCAAUUAAUUUAAAAACAGCGUUAAAUAUGGAUGUUGUACUAGAUAAAAUCAUUGCUGGAUUAUUGUGUACCGACACUGAACGGAUACGUCAGGCCACCAGUGAGCUGGGCAAAGCUUACGAAAAUCCGGAAACCUUGCCGGCACUAUGCCAGAUUGUUGUCUCACAACGUGAGCCGCAAGUGCGACAAUUCGCAGCUGUGCUGCUGAACAAGCGGCUACAAAAGCUGCGCUUGUGGCAAAUGGUGCCAGUUGACCAGAAAGAAAGCAUUAAGACCUGUAUGCUCCAAGCACUGAUUGCCGAAAAGGAAAAGAGUGUUAAGAAUGCCAUAGCUCAAUUUAUUGGCUCCUUGGUACGUCACGAGGAGGAGAAGAAGGACUCGUGGUUGAACGAACUGCUAAAUUUCAUUUAUAGCCGUUGCAAUUUGGAUGAUGCCAAGGAAAGCGAGCUGGGCUCCUCCAUAUUUGCCACACUCACCGAUGCGGCACCUGAUCAAUUUGUCUCUCAUAUGGACUCAAUUUGUCAAAUGUUUGCUGCUGUUUUAAUGACCGCCGAGGCAAAAGGUAAUUUGGCCACACCCACUGUGGCUAAUAUAACCAUGGGUAUGAGCUAUCUGAUGCCAUUUGUAAGUGGUCACACAAGCGCCGAGCAGACUGUUUUAAAGAUACUGCCACUCAUCAUCAAAACCGUGUUUGCCUUUGCCCAGAAGGGCGAUGAGCAGGAGUUUUGCAUUGUAUUCGAUGUCAUUGAUAGCAUUGCCGAGUAUGUGCCAAAGUUGCUCAAUAACAAUGUGAAGCAUCUAAUGGAAUUCUGUCUCGAGACGGCUAACAAUAAACAAAUCGAUGACUCCAUACGCGUCCAGGUGGUUACAUUUAUUGGACGCGUGGUGCGCAUCAAGAAGAAGGCAAUUGUCAAACAGAAGCUACUUGAACCCAUUAUUGCUGUCAUAUUUGAGAUGAUGUGCUAUGAUACUGAACUGGAUGAUGAUGAGUUGUUUACUGGUGAGAGCAGCAACAGUCCGGUAACAGCAGCAACUCAAACGCUCGAUUUGCUGGCCAUUAAUAUGUCACCGGAAAAGUUGAUUCCUCCAUUACUGCAGUUGCUUGAGCCAGCAUUGCAAAGUCCUGAUCCUCUGCGUCGGCGGGCCGCCUUUCUUUGUAUCGCUGUCAUUGCCGAAGGCUGCUCGGAAGCCAUUUGCUCCAAGUAUUUGGAAGUUAUGCUGAAUAUCGUUAAGGGUGGCAUUGCUGACAACUCGCCCAUUGUGCGCAUCGCUAGUUUCUUUGCUUUGGGCCAAUUCUCGGAGCAUCUGCAGCCGGAGAUAUCGAAAUUUGCGCCCCAGAUACUACCCGUACUAUUUGAUUUUCUGCAGCAGUUGGUCAUUGAGCUAAAGAGAGGCAAUCCGGAACCAAAGCACACGGAUCGUAUGUUUUAUGCUCUAGAAACCUACUGCCAGAAUCUAGAGGAAGACAUUGUGCCACAUUUGCCGCUAUUGAUGAGUCGUCUCUUCGAUACACUGGAUACUAACAAUUCGAUACAUCUUCGUGUGCUGGCACUAUCGGCCGUCUCGGCAACAGCUUUGGCUGCCAAGGAGCAUUUGAUGCCAUAUUUUCCCAGGAUAGUGGAGAUACUGAAAAAUUAUUUGGUAAAGGAUUGCACCGAAGAGAUGAAAGAGUUGCGAAACGAGGCAAUUGAUACUUUGGCUUCAAUUACGCGCGUCGUGGGCAAAGAUAACUUCAUACCACUAGCCAAUGAUACAAUGGCCUAUUGCUUGAUGAUGUUGGAUGAUGGGCCUAAUGAUCCGGACUUUAGGCGUGCCAUCUAUAACUUGAUGGGCGCUCUGUCCAUUGUUGUUAACGAGGACAUGUCAACCGUGUUCCCCAAAAUUAUUGACCGCCUUAUUGAAUCGGUUAUAUCGACAGAAGAUAUGCUGCCUAAUGAUGAUGAUGAUCCUGUUAACAGUUUGUUCCCCGAUGAUAAGGCCUGUUCUGAUAAGGAUAUUGAUUUGGAUAAUACAGAUGAUGAGGAUGACGAUGAUGAGGAUAGAUACCAGGUGGAGAAUGAUUAUGUAUUUGAAAAGGAGGAGGCAAUUCUAGCACUUAAAGAAUUUGCCGUCAACACUGGCAGCGCCUUCGCACCCUAUCUGCAAACAUCCUUUGAAAAUGUAUACAAGGUGAUUGAACAUCCACAGGACAACAUACGUAAGUCCUCCAUUGAGGCCAUUUGCGCUUUUAUCUCCUCACUCUACAAAAUGGGUGAUAGUGAGGGUGUUAAGCGUGCUUGCUUGAUUAUUAUGCCCAAAUUCGCGCACAUGAUCCGCAACGAUGAGGAACAGGGCGUCGUCAUUCAUUUACUCGACAUGUUAAGCGAAUUAUUCAUUGAAGUGAAAAACGCUGCCGUACCCACUCAGGAAAUCGCCGACUUGAUAUUUGCUUGCAUCAAGGAUGUUCUCAACUCUAAAAUGGCUUGCCAAUUUAAUGAGCCAUCCGGUGGUGGUGAUGAGGAGGAUCUAGAAGACAGCGAAUUUGACGAAUUGCUUCUUGAGAACGCGGGUAAUCUCUUGCCUGCCUUUGGGAAGACUUUAAGCCCUGAAAUAUUCUCUAUGUACUUUGGUCGCGUGUAUCAGUACUACUUGAACAAACUGAUCAAGGCCAAGAGAAAUGAUUUGACUGAUCAACGAACCUUUGUCUAUGGUGCAUUGGCUGACUCUUUCCAAUCGCUGGGUAGCUGUGUAGCCACAUACUUUGAUACGCUGUGCCCCAUUUUUAUUGAUGGCGUGAAUGAUCCGGAGCCGAAAGCCCGUCAGAAUUGCUACUUUGGACUGGGCGAGCUUGUUUUGUAUGCCGAAGAGAAGUCCUUUGAAUCUUUUCAGGUAAUUUUACAAGCUCUUUCUGGUGCCAUUGCUUCGGAGAAAAAUGCUCCGGCUCUUGAUAAUAUUUGUGGCGCUGUUUCCCGUUUGAUCGUGACCAAUCACAAUAUUGUUCCAUUGGUGCAAGUAUUGCCCGUUUUACUCUCACAUUUGCCUCUACGCGAAGAUACGGAUGAGAACGAUAUGGUUCACAAGGCGUUUCGUGUUCUAUACAUGCACGCACAUCCCACCAUCGUCGAUUACCUUGAACAGAUUCUUAAAAUCACCAUAGACGUAUUAUACAAGGAUCAAAUAGCCGAAGGAGAUAUCAAACAGAGCGCGCGUGCUUUAAUUUUGGAAAUACGCGAGCAGUAUCCGGACAAAUUCAAUAAUGUGGCCAACUCCAGUCAAGAGGCCUACAACUUCCUUCAAUCUCUAUAAACGCACACAAAUGCAAAUUUACCUACACACAUGCCGUCACACACAUAGGGCAGUUAAGUUUUAUUUUGAUUUUUUAAAUGAAAUGAGUUGCUUGUUUUCUAGCUGAAAAGGUUAGAAAGUAAGAGCAAAGCUUUAUGAAUGAAUUCCAAAUGCACUCAGAAAAGAAAAAAAAAUUAUAUAUAUUUUAAAAUGGUUUCCUAGCGAAAUAUGCAGUUUUUCAAAUUGUUAAUGCGCAAGCGAAAAAAAAUGUAUGAAUAGUCUGAAAU